ACAAAAAACUUACGUGAUGCAGGCCAAUAAUAUGACUUUUUCUGAUAUCAGUGAGAAUGUUCGUAGACGUAGGGCAACUGUGAACUUGUCACGUUCCCUUGGUUGUCACAGAACCACUUAUAAUCGGAGGUGGAAUAAAAUGAGAGCUGCUUUCAUGAAAAAAUAUCACUUUCCUUCGGUCAGUGAGUUUGCGAAUGAAAGCACCGUAAAAGUAAAGAGAGAAGUCAGUUGUAAUGAAAGUACUUCGAUUAGUACACCGUCCACUAGCAACUUCAAUCAAAGGCUUCCAGCUAAUAGUGGAUGUACUGAAGUGAACUUGUGCUCAACGAAGUUCGUGAAUCGCAAAGAACAGAUGAACGACUUUAUGAUGUAUCUAAUGUCAAAUACAUCACUGAGUAUAAAAGAUGCUGAUCGGGUUCUGUAUGGUCUAAGAUUUCUUAUCCCGGACAUACCGAAAAGUAUCAGAGGCGUUUUGAAGACAUGUCCAAGUGUUCAACGCAAGUUCAUCGGCAGUGGGGUUUACUACCAUCUAGGAUUGAAAACCAAUCUGCUAAGAUACGUUGAGCUUUGGUUGUGUACUAUUGAUUUUGACUCUUUAAAGUUGUAUGUCAAUAUAGAUGGACUUUCUAUGUCUAGAAGCUCCAAUCAACAGUUAUGGCCUAUACUUGGACGGAUCAUUGCCCCUCGGCUUAGUGACGUGUUCAUGAUAGGGAUCUACGGAGGGAAUAGUAAGCCGGCAGAAUUCAACGAAUUUUCUGCAGACACAAUUUCUGAAAUAAAAGAAAUGACUGACCCAACUAACAAGAAAUACGUUAUUGUUGACGUCCUACAGGAAAAACAACUUAUGAUAGCAUCAAAGAACUGGAUAGUUGGCAAUGACCUUUGCGUUCUUCCGAACGAGCUGGUCGAUAUACACCUGCAGAAGUGCGACCAACCGAAUGAAAAUUGGUCGCUUAUGAAAUGUAAAGUGAUUCACGAAUUAGAUUCUCUGCAGUCAGCAAAAGACCUGUUAGCUGCCCUACAGGUACUGGAAUGUCGAAGGAAAAACACCUCUACGGAUGAAAACACUUUGCCACUGAACACUGAGAAGCCAAAGAGAGGUUUAAUGAAGCGUAAAGAAGAUUUUCUUUACAAUUCAGUUGACAUGGAUGUGGCUGAAAUGCAGGCUGGGAAUAGCCGCGUACAAUAUCCAAAAUUCCGUGUUUUCAACAAAGUGAUAUCGCCAAUCGCCAAUUCAACACAAUUAGAGAUAUCACCAUCCACAUCGCAAUGUAAGCCUGUUGGUGGCACUGUAUUGGACCAAUUGUAUACGGUGGUGCUGAAGAUGUCGUCAGCUAUCACUGACUUGACUCAAACGAUUAACAACAUGUCGUCCGCCAUUACGAACUUGAAUGUUAAUGUUAACCAAUUGCUUUCAAAGUCUAAUGAGCGCGAAAGACCGCAUGAAUUCGAUUGCGGACUGUCAAGUCAGGAGUUCCCUUUGUCAUCUGAAGAGGAACUACAGAUGCUAGACACUGGUUUGUCGCAGAAAGAAACCAGGGACAGAUUUAUGGCAAUGGUCACUAGGUUAUCAGGUGACGAUCCAAAAACGUCCAUGCGUUUUAUUCUGUCGCAUCUGCUGACACCGGAGGUUGCCAGUAAAUUCACGUUACUUGGCACCUCUUCUAAACGAGCACUACAUAAAUGCACGUUUUACAGCUGCAUACGAAGUGCCUUAACUCAUCGUUUUUUGUCAUCCUCUGUAAAUGAGAAAGACCUUGGUAAGCUAUACGACAUAGCGACACAAGGUUACUUUCACGACCUCCGAGACAAGAUGAUAAAACGAAAUAGAAGAAAAGAAAAUCAGUUACAGUCAACAAUACUGACGAACAUAACCAAUUCACAGGACGACUACCCCAAUUGUGAUUAGUCCGUGCAAUUGCUUUGAUGUUGUACCUCCAUUUCAAUAAACAUUAUUCUUUCAAAC